UUCGCACAGUUCGCAAGCGCGGAGUUGGCGGAGUGGCGGAGUCCGUCCGGUGCAGCCGCUACUCUCUCCGUGCGCUCCGUGCUAGGCCUACUGGCAGCGGUUAUUUAUUUCUUGCUGUGGUUGUGUUACAACCCACUAAGUCAUUUCAAGUAUGUCACUAAAUCCACAAUACGACACAAUCGGCAAAACUUUUAUACAGCAGUACUAUGCUAUGUUCGACGAUCCUGCCUUGCGACCAAAUUUGGGGACGCUGUACAAUGAAGAGAAGUCACUGAUGACGUUUGAAGGACAACAGAUUUUCGGACGGACGAAAAUACUAGAAAAAAUACAGGGUUUGGGCUUUCAGAAGAUCUGCCACUCGGUUACUAUCAUCGACUGUCAACCAAUGUUCGACGGUGGUAUCCUAAUAUCCGUCUUAGGCCAGCUCAAGACUGACGAUGAUCCAGCUCACACGUUCAACCAGGUGUUUGUGUUGAAGCCAAUUGGGGACAGCUUUUAUGUGGAGCACGAUGUCUUCCGGCUAGCCCUACACCACACGGCAUGAGGAAGAACAGUGGCAGAAAUGCAGUGUAGGUUCUGGGACACCUACUCUGCUGCCUGUAUUGUUUCCGGUAGCUAUGGCACAAUCGGCUCGGGAGACAGCCCCAAUUUGCUUUUGAAAGAUGUAUGCGUGGUUUGUAAUAAAUGUACAUUUCGCUCCUUUUUCACAGGCA